AAUUCUUUAGUCCAUUAUUGCAGCAAGAUAUAGCUUAAAAUCCUUGAUUAGUUAGUCUUGAUCCAAUGUUUCCAUUCGAACAAAGUAGUGAUGAAUAUUGGUCCCAAAUCUCCUCUAAUCCCUACCAAGAAGAUAUUGAUCAAGAUCAGCAUCUGAUCUUGGGCCAAGAUUCCCUUCAUGGAAUUAGUAACCUAACCAACUCAUCAGUGGAAGAAUUCCCGCAGGCACAUACAAUAUUAGCAACUUCAAAUGCUAAUGAUGAUAGUGGAAAUAUUAGAUGUGAUGAGAAGAAGGUUGCUCGAAAGGAAAUCGAACGGCAAAGGAGGCAACAAAUGUCCACUCUUCAUGCCUCACUUCGAAACCUCCUCCCUCCUGAUUCAAUCAAGGGAAAGCGCUCAAUUUCUGAUCACAUGAGUGAGGCUGUGAAAUAUAUUAAGCAUCUAAAGAGUAACAUCCAAGAUUUAAGUGCCAAGAGAGAUAAGCUCAAGAAGUUGUCCAGCUCAAGUACUUUUGAGCAAGGGACUGAGAUUUCAGACCAUAAUUUGCUGGACAGUGUUACGGUCUGCCAUUAUUUGGAUGGAUUGGAGAUUGUUUUAACUAGAGGCCCUGGAGAGGAAGGGAUUCUUCUAUCAAGAGUGCUAGAAGCAGUGCUUGAAGAGGGAUUUGAUGUUGUUGGAUGUACUUCAACCCAUAAAGGUCAAAGGCACUAUACCACUAUCCAAUGUCAGGCUAGCAAUCUGAAUUGCAUUGAUGCAGAUAGGCUGAAAAGAAAGCUAAUUGAUGUGAUCUCAUUGUCAAGAUAUGAGUGAUUGACAACAUUACACUCUGCAUGCCUUGAAAUGGCUCGUGUCUUCUCUCUCUUCAUUUUUUUCCCUUAAUUUUGGCCUCGUAUAUAUAUGAACCCUAGAUUUAAAUUAGUUGUGCUUAUAUAUGCUAGCUUGCUGCAAAUAUAUGAUUCAACUUUGCAGGUUAACUUCUUUUGAUAUUAAGUGUGUAACUGUCGUAUCAAUUUCUUGAACUCUUUGCAAACUAUGUCAGUAGAAGAUUUCAGGUUCAAUUGGUAAGACCA